UGCUUGCUAUAAUGGCAAAAACCAGAACUGUCUCGACUUGUAUCGACCGAGAAAAUAUUCACGUGUAGUACGCAUGUAAGGUUAGUUUCAUGACGUAAUAAGAUGCAGAGAUGUUUCCAAUUGUAAUUGGAAUGAUCGGAAUUCACGAAACUGGCAGAGAGGAUACCAGUAGGCGGUGUUUUAAUUUUGAGCAUGAAACAUAUUCCUACUCUGUUACAACGGUUACAACCAAAAUGUCAAAAGCGAAGGAUACGGAUAUGUCGGACUUGAAAACACGAGAAUCUUCGUUUCCCUUUGAAGAUAACGUAAAAUUCACAGAUCUCUUUGAAGAUGAAAUACCGGGAGACUUUGUUUUCCCUCGAGGACUCAACGAGUCACUUCGAGAUCAGAUUCAAAAUUUAAGACUUAAGAAUUCAUGCCUACGUCGUGCCUUGGACAAGACCGAAGAAGAAUUAAAAAAAGCCCAAAGCGAAUCCAUUCCGGAGGUCACGCAUGAUAUUGGAAAAUGUUGCGAAUUGACCACUUUAAAAAUCGUGGAGAUGAGUCAAAAGUACAGAGAGCAAGUGACAGAGAUCGAGGUAUUAAAAACAAAAUGCGAAUCCUUGGAAAAUAAAUUAUUAAUCAAAGAAGCAGAAUUGAAGAGUAUGAAGUUCAGGCCUGAGGGAAAUUCUCAAGAAUACUUGGAUCCUGCCAAAGAAAGACGAGAAUCGGAAGAACAAUUAUUAUUAAAGGAGGACCAAAUCAGGCAGCUUAAAGAGAAACUUCAGCAGGUGAAUGCAAAAUUAUGCGAGACUAGGAGCACCUGCACUUUGCUGAAACAGGAAAUUAAUAAAGCACAAAAGUUACUCUGCAGCGAAGUUGGAGAAAAUGUGACAAUAGCGAGUCUGUCCAAUCACCCAGGUGGGUGGAGAGGUAGAGCCGAACAAGUACAACAAUUGCAACAAAAAGUCUCCGAUCUACAAGCCAGGUUGAACAAAUACGAGAGAACUCCAAAAGGAUCCUCCGCAUCCAUGGAGCAAAGAAACUUAUCGAAUCUUUGCAAUAUGGAGAAGGAGAGGAGACAGCAGCUAGAAAAUUCAGCAAGAGAGCUGAGGCAAGCCGAAGUCGCUUUGGAGACAUAUAAGAGGAAGCUCGACGCUUCGAAAGCCAGGAUAAAAGUUUUAGAAAACGACCUCAACAAUGCAAAAGGAAAUAUAAUACUGUUGAACGAGAAAAGGGCCCACGACGAUCAGCUCAUCGACGCUUUAAACGCUCAAUUAAGAGCUUUGGAAGCUCGGUAUCAGGAUCGCGAGAUGGAUUUUCGAAAUCAGAAGGAAAAACUGGAGCACGAAUGCAUAGGACUCAGAAACGAUAUGAACGCCGCGUGUUUGAACCUCGAGCAGACUCGAAAGAGACUCGAAGAACGUGAGAUCGAAAUCUGCAAAUUAAGAAGUAGUCACGGAGUGACCAAAUCGCAGAAAGUCUACAAUGAGAUGACAAGAGAAAUUCGAGAAAGUCCUGUAAACACUGCAAGAAGCUGCAGAGACCAGAACGAAUACGUCACUCUGAGCAUCGCAGCUGAAGCUGAAAGGGAGAGAUUACUGGAACUGAUUACCGUACUAAACCGCCGACUAGAUAAGGAGAGGAACGAUACCGAUGAAAUAUCGGAGAUGCUGCGACUGGAGCGCAACAGAUCAGCUAAACUGAAGUCAAAGCUGCAAAAGUUGGAGAUGGAGCGAGUGGGAAUUGCCAAGGUCAACACUGGAUAUCGGUCCAGGUCUUUGAAGUCGACUUCCGGGGUCUCGAAUGAAAAUCUUAACGAGCAAGCUCGUUUCAGGUUGGAGUUUCUCCAGGAGGAGUGUCUCGCUCUUAAAACCAGACUCGCCACCAUUGUCAAGGAGAAGGCCGUCGAUCUGGCUUCUUACAAGGUGAUGCUGGAUCAGACCAGAAAGACCUUUCAAGAAGCUUGCAGGGGAAAGCUACCGACCGGAGGAUGCCAUUCCACCGUCACUAUCUGAGAAACUCCGGAUCCUACCUAAGGAAAACUGCGGAGGGAAGUGGAGCUCGAAAAGUCUCUUAAAUUUUCUUUAGCGAUCCGUAAUCGCAGGCCCGAUGAUGUAAUUAGGAUCUUCCGUCGAUAAGGUGCAUCGCUCGUGCGUGGGCGUCGCUUAGAAAUUUCUUUUUAUAUAACGUGUUUGCUCUGGAAUUAGUUUACGACGUCGCGAUAUCACGCUCUCGUUCCUGCGCCGUAAAUUCCCUCCGAGAAUUAGGAAGACCAACAGCGUGACACCGGAAAACUCUCGUCAGUAUUGUACCACGACUAUUGACCGACGUUCUGUAAAAGUCACCAAUGGAGAGGACUUCGAUAAACAAAUAAUAAAGACACUUCAAUAAUUACCACGGCUUAUGUACAUUUCCUGCAAGGGAAAUUAUGCGUGACUACAUUGUAGAAAUGUGGUUUAUCGUGCGAUGCUUGGAGGGAGACAGCUUUUUAAAAUCGGCACUCCCUCGAUGCAUCGUUUCGUAAAUUGCA